AUGUGCUUUUUCCUCUCCACUUGUCUGAAUGUGUUGCAGGGCUCCCAGUACGAGCUGAAAGAUAAUCCGGGUGUCCACCCUGCUACCUUUGCUGCCCACACUGCCCCUGGCUAUUACCCCUACGGACAGUUCCAGUACGGAGAUCCCGGGCGGCCCAAAAACGCUACCCGGGAGAGCACCAGCACCCUCAAGGCCUGGCUCAACGAGCACCGCAAGAACCCCUACCCCACCAAGGGCGAGAAGAUCAUGCUGGCCAUCAUCACCAAAAUGACCCUCACCCAGGUCUCCACCUGGUUCGCCAACGCCCGCCGGCGCCUCAAAAAGGAGAAUAAAAUGACCUGGGCCCCCCGCAGCAGGACUGACGAGGAGGGCAACUCCUACGGGAGCGACCACGAGGGGGAAGAGGACAAGAGGGAGGACGAGGAGGAGAUCGACCUGGAGAACAUCGACACCGAGAACAUCGAGAGCAACAAGGACGAGCUGGAGGACGAGCUGCAGGACGCCGACCUCCUGACUGACGAGGAGGGCAACUCCUACGGGAGCGACCACGAGGGGGAAGAGGACAAGAGGGAGGACGAGGAGGAGAUCGACCUGGAGAACAUCGACACCGAGAACAUCGAGAGCAACAAGGACGAGCUGGAGGACGAGCUGCAGGACGCCGACCUCCUGCACUCCGACUCCAAGACGGACUCGGAGGGCUCCGAGGGCUUCGAGGACCUGCCCGAUCGAUCUAGUGCCUUGGAAGUAGAGAAAAAGUUAAUAAAGACAGCUUUCCAGCCAGUUCAGAGGCGGCCCCAGAACCAACUUGAUGCAGCUAUGGUUCUAUCAGCGUUGUCAUCAUCAUAGUUAAUUUUUUUAUUGUUGUUGUAAUGACUGUAAAAAAAAGAAAUCUCUGUAUAGUUACAACUUGUAAGCAUGUCCGUAUAUUAAAACUAAAAAGGAGAAAAAAACGCUUCUGUACUAUCAUCUGGAUUAGCAGAGUUUGUGAGGUUUUUUGGAAGUCCAGUGAGAAA